CCCUCAUCCAUUUCACUGUUUAAAUCGAUGAAAAUGACAGAGUGCAGGUGCAGUCGCCGCGUGUGUUAGAGCCAGCGGGGACCGGUGUGUGGUGCACUAGGACCGGGGAGAGAUCCUUCUCGUCGUGUGCAUUGCAACUGAAGAGCGGAGCUGUGGAGGAAAACCCCCAUCGGAUCUGGCCAUUAUAUCCAUACAUUUAUUUUUCCCAUCUCCACCGCGGCGCUGCUGAGUGGGGAUCGCAACCGACCAGUGCGUCUGGGAUGGCGAAGCACCCAGUAGAGGAUUAGUAAUUGAGCACGAUUUGCGUAAAAGUCAGCUGUCAGCUUUUGGACGGGGGUGAUCAUUUGGCAUGCUUCGCUCCCACUCGUUUUGGUAUACAUUUGUUUAUUGGUUGUAGUAGUAUUCUUUUAUCUCAUUGCUACCCAUCAUCGGUUUUAUUUCAAGCGCGCAAAGUCACAUCUGUGUAGGAGAGCGCUUGGCGCACUUCUUCCCCAAAGGACAGAGACAAGAUCUCCAUUAUUCUGCUUGGAUUUAAACCGGACGACUGGCUGAAUGGGUGACCUCGCCGAAACACAGACUAUCACUGGCUUGUACCCAUUUUAUGGAAACGUGUUUUCUCUUUUGAUCUGGAGUUGUGAUGUCCAAAGCCUUCCCCACUGACUGACUGUCGUUUCAUUUUGGAAUCGAGUUCAAGGCUGUGAGGACGGGGGGAAGAUGAGACCUCCCAGCCCUCUUCUGAUCCUGCUGUAUGUCACACUGUCCAAGGGUGUAAAGGUGGUCUCCAAAAGAGGCUCAGUGGACGGCUGCACUGAUUGGUCGGUGGACUACCUGAAGUACCGGGUGCUGCAGGGGGAGCCGGUGCGGCUGAAGUGCGCUCUCUUCUAUGGAUACAUCCGGGCCAACUACAGCCAGGCGCAGAGUGUGGGCCUCAGCCUCAUGUGGUACCGUAGCUCUGGCCUCGGCCACAGCGACUUCGAGGAGCCCAUCUCUUUCGACGGCGUGCGCAUGAGCAAGGAGGAGGAUGCCAUCUGGUUCAGACCUGCAGACCUCCAGGACGUGGGCCUCUACUCCUGCGUGCUACGGAACGCUACAUACUGCAUGAAGGUGUCCAUGUCUCUGACUGUGGCGGAGAAUGACACGAACAUGUGCUACAAUUCAAACAUGAGGCGAAAUGAGAAAGCAGAGCUCAGCAAGAGUAAAGACAUCCUCUGUCCUGACAUAGAUGACUAUGUUGAAGCUGGAAAAGAUCCGGACAUCACCUGGUCUAAGGAGUGCCGUCCCAAGCAGUGGCGUGCCAGUAUCAUCCAGAAGAGAGACAUCCUGUCUAUCCAGGACGUAAAGGAAGAUGACAUUGGGAAUUACACCUGUGAAGUCCAGUUUGGUGGCUUCGUGGUCAGAAGGACGACCGAGCUCACAGUCACUGCUCCUUUGACCGACAAGCCGCCAAAGAUCCUGUUCCCCUCGGAAAACAGGAUUACCAACAUGGAGCUGCAGCUAGGAAAUGCUCUGAACCUGACCUGCCGGGCGUUUUUCGGCUACAGCGGGGACGUCAGCCCGCUCAUCUACUGGAUGAAGGGAGAGAAGUUUAUAGAGGACUUGGACGAAGAGAGGAUCCAGGAAAGCGACAGCAAGGUUGUCAAGGAGCAUCUUGGAGAGCAGGAAGUGUCCAUAUCCUUGACUAUUGACUCAUUGGAGGAGGAGGACCUGGGAAAUUAUUCCUGUUUUGUGGAGAAUGGUAACGGCCGUCGCCAAGCUACCAUCCAGCUCUUCAGACGAGCAGAGCUCAUGUACACGGUGGAGCUGGCAGGAGGGCUGGGAGCGAUCCUGCUGCUCCUCAUCUUCCUCAUCUCCCUCUACAAAUGCUACAAGAUCGAGCUGAUGCUUUUCUAUCGGAGGCAGUUUGGCAGCGAGGAUGUUGAUGGAGAAAACAAAGACUACGAUGCGUACCUGUCCUACACCAAAGUGGACCCUGACCAGUGGAGUCAGGAGACCAGAGAGGAGGAGCGCUUCGCCCUGGAGAUCCUCCCCGAUGUCCUGGAGAAACAUUACGGCUACAAACUCUUCAUCCCAGAUCGAGACCUCAUUCCAACAGGAACCUACAUAGAGGACGUGGCUCGCUGCGUGGACCAAAGCAAGCGCCUCAUUAUCGUCAUGACGCCCAACUACGUGGUGCGGCGAGGCUGGAGCAUCUUUGAGCUGGAGACGCGGCUGCGCAACAUGCUGGCGACCGGAGAGAUAAAAGUCAUCCUGAUCGAGUGCGCUGAGCUGCGCGGCAUCAUGAACUACCAGGAGGUGGAGGCCCUCAAACACACCAUCAAAACCCUCACCGUCAUCAAGUGGCGCGGCCCCAAGAGCAACAAGCUCAACUCCAAGUUCUGGAAGCAGCUGCAGUACGAGAUGCCGUUCAGGCGCACAGAGCCCAUGCUCAGCCACGAGCCGGCGCUGGACGUCAGCGAGCAGGGCCCCUUUGGAGAGCUGCAGACCGUCUCUGCUAUCUCCAUGGCGGCGGCCACCUCCACGGCCAUGGCGACCGCCCACCCCGAGCUGCGAUCCACUUUCCACAACACCUACCACACCACGAUGAGGCAGAAACACUACUACCGCAGCUACGAGUAUGACUUACCCCCAGGAGGGACCCUGCCACCUCUCUCCUCCCUGGGGAACCAGCACACCUACUGCAACAUCCCACUGACACUGCUGAACGGACAGAGGCCCCCGGGGAAGAGCCGGGAGCACAGCCUGGAGGAGGCGCACGCCAACAACGCCAUGCUGCCCCUGCUGCCGAGAGAAACCAGCAUCUCCAGCGUCAUCUGGUAGUGAUGAACGGGCGUCUGAUGCAGGAGGAGCCAGGCGAGGAGAGGCUCAGUCUGGGAGGAACAGUUUAUGGUCGUGAUAACGGUGCAAGGUCUUUUGGAUCCAUCUGGUUCCAAGCGUUGGAAGCAAGCGAUGGAGCUACAUGACGUUUUUGAACAGUUUCCCCUUGUUCUUUUGCAAGUGGACAGCGCCUCUGUUACAAAGGAUGUUUUCUAUGUGGAACUACAGGAGGUAUAAUGAAAACACUGUUUCAUCUAGGAGCAAGAUACGGACUUGCAAGAACUUCACAUUAAAGAACUUACACUCUAUGGCAAUUGUGCACACACUCGCAUUCACACACACACACAAAUGUGCAUACACACAAACAAAAGGAAAACAGGGUCUUGUACAUAUAUUUCGAUUUAUUUGUAGCAUCUGUGUUUUCCUGUUUUUGUUUAAUUCACUCAUGUUUGUUGCCUUCUCUACUGUAGGACUUUGCUUUAACUUGUUAUACAGAUUUGUAUAUUUGUUAUUGUUUUCCUCUUUUUUGUUUGUUUUUUAAUCUUAUCUCAACACGCUUGUUUGGAAAGCCAGUAUGUCGUGUACCUGCGCUGUUAUGUUGUUUGUUUUUAAAUCUUUGUGUAGGUUAAGAGAACAUUUUUAACACUUUCGGAAAUUGCCUGGACAUUUCAGGAGCUUCAAUGAGCUGAAACUUCUUUUUGUUUACCUGUAAAAGGUGUAUCUAGUUUGAAAGGAAACUCUCUUUUAAAAAAUCAUAGAAUAUGCAAAAAGAAGGAGGAGCUGGCAAAAAUAAACCGUCCUGUGGGACCGAAACGGACGAGCGAUUUGAGGGCGGGGCUAGUCCUCUCCAAUCGGACGGACGGACAGACUGGCAGAUCUCUCUCUGAAGCUUCAUAUUUUCUAUUGAAACAAACGGCCUUGCUGUUUUAGAGUGAUAGUGAAAUGCCUCACCUUAAAAGGAAAUCUGUAGAUUAUUUAAAAAAGAAAUCUAUUUUUAUAACAGAAAAGAGUUUGCUUGAGAAGUCAUACUUAUUUGCAUUUCAUCUACCACAGGAAGGGGAUUUGUGUAUAAGUGUUAUGCUGGUUUUGUACACUUGCAAUGUGGUUCCUGGUUUGUAAAGAGGUGGAGGUGGCUUUUGAGUCCCACAUGAAAAAAAAAAUUCCUCUACUGUUCUAGAUUCAAAAGUAAAGCAUUUUCAAUGUUUUGGUUUGUAAAACAUAAUAUUAUUCCCAUCCUGAUAAUUACUUUGGGUCCUAUGGAUAGUUCAUGUUUAAGGAAAGAAAAGAAUACAUUUGUGUUUUGAAAGACUUUUUAAAUAUAUUUGAAGGUGUGAUUUUUGAGUAUGCAUAGCAAAUAGAUAUGUAUUCUAUAUAUAAUAUAGAUAUUUAUAUAAAUAUAUAAACACGAUUUUCACUUGGAAAGAAAUGUCUAUCUUUAUAGAAACACAAUCAUUAUCAGUUGCCCUUACUUUCUCACUGCACAUUAAAAACAUUGAUUUCC